AUGGCACUUGCUCCGGGCUGGUCUCCGUCUCUGCGCUCCCUGGUGUGGCUCAUGUCGCACAGAAAUCCACAUCUGAGCUCUUUCUCCUCUUCCGCCGCCGCGGCCGCCAUACAGCCGGCGGCUCCAGGAACUGCCAUUCCAGCUGUUCGUGCCGUUCAGCCUCCAGCCGCUCCAGAUUCGAAUUGUAGCCGGUCCGUUGCCCCGGAGCAAAAGGUUCUUCACCCACUUCCAUCCAGCACACCUAAAAUUCCAAUCCACAAGCCUUCUCGUCGUCCCACCAGCGAACAUCCUAAGAACAUGAUUCAUCCUAGUAGAGAACCUCAACUUGUAACCAACACGCCGCAGAUGCGCAGCCUCGAAAGCCCCACGCACCUGAUUCCUGGUGGUUCAUGCAGCGCACUUCAGUCUCUGACCGACAAGCGUUUGCCGGCAAAACGUGAUGAUUACAAAGAUCCCAAAAGCCCCAGGUUUAGCUCUUCCAGCCACUUCCCUGACCAGCCGACUCCUGAACCUAUCGGCGAGUCUUUGACGCCCACCCUGCAAGAUCCUCCACACUCGGUCCCUGGUGAAUCGUGCAGCACACUUCAACCUGUAACCUGCAAGCCUUCGCUGAAAGCAGAUCCCGAUCACGAAGCCGGCGGCGAAAAUUCUGAUGUUCAAGUUCCCAGAAUUCCAAAGAUUAGCCCUAUCCCCAAGGAUAGCACUUUCCAUGAUCCGCCGCACCCACCUGCUGACCCAUAG